AGGGGGCGCUCAUCAACAAACCUGAAAGACUUAAACGAAUAAAGCGGCAUCUUUAUAGAGACCGCUACAUUUUCAUUUGCUGCCCUUUUUGUUGAAACUCCACGCGAUGAAUAUAUAUUUUUGUGGAAGUAUCAGGGGAGGAAGGCAGGAUGUGAAGAUUUAUCAAAAAAUUGUGAAGAAAUUGCAGAACUAUGGGCAAGUUUUGACAGAACACGUGAGCCACGAUGAUGUAUCUGAGAAAGGUGAGGAUGCUCUUCCGGGAGGAGACGAGGCGAUCUAUGAACGUGAUAUGGAGUGGCUGGCUCAGUCUGAUGUCGUAGUUGCUGAAGUAACCCAACCAUCUUUUGGUGUGGGUUAUGAAAUCGGUCAAGCCAUGGCCAUGAAAAAGAAGAUUCUCUGCCUUUUCCGGCCCUCAUCGGGGAAAGUGCUGUCUGCCAUGAUACGGGGCGCUGAGGGCAAGUUGGGCAGCUCUAUUUUCCAGGUACGGGAUUAUGUGGAAGAGGAAGUUGAAGGCAUCCUGGAGAAUUAUUUUGGUGAACUCACCAAGAACUAAUGUGCAUUAAAAAUACACUGUAUGGCGAAAUGUAUGUGAACACCUGACCAAUCAUCUCUUUCCAAAACCACGGCCAUUAAUAUGGAGCUGGUCCUCACUUUGCUUCUAUAACAGUGUCCACUCUUCUGGGAAGGCUUUCCACUAGAUCUUGGAAUGUGACUGCAUUCCAGUUCAUCCCAGGCCAGAGCUCUGUGCAGGCCACUUGAGUUCUUCCACAAUUUAUGCACAGGCACACUGUCAUGCUGGGACAGGUUUGGCCCCAUUAGUUUCAGUGAAGGGGAAUGGUAAUGCUACAGCAUACAAAGACAUCCUGUAUAACUGUGUGCUUUCAACUUUGUGGCAAUAGUUUGGGGACGAACCACAUAUGGGUUUGAUGAUCAGGUGUCCACAUACUUUUGGCCAUAUAGUGCAGAUCAUUCAUGAUGUAAUGAGUAAUUUCAUUAUCCAGCUCUGGAUAGAACACUUUUUGUAAGUAGUGAUUUUCAGUUUAACAGAGACGCUUAAUUUUUAUAUAAAUUACUGACACGAUGUAUUAGUUUGUUAAAAUAUGUGUGUCUCUCAAAUUUAAAUAUUUAAAACAAGAUUCUACAAGCAUAAAAACAUUGUGAUAUUUUCUAUCAUAUUAAAGUGUUACUGUUUAUUCUUUUUCCA